AUGGUGAUGGAAGGAGGGGAAUUGAAUAAUAGUGAAUUAAGAAAUACACAAUGUAGUUUAGAUGGUGAUCCUAAGAUUGGUUGUUUACGUAAUAAAAAUGGUUUACUUUUAAAAACAUACGCAUGGAUAGUUAAAAAUCCUAUAGGAAAUGUAUUGUUAAUACAUGGAUUCAAAGUUCAUACUCGAUUAAAUUUUAUGAAAAAAAAUAUAAAAAUUCCAAAUAACAAUGAAGGCUUAGUAGUAGACAAUAAUAAUCAAUAUAUUUAUAAAGAUAGUUGGAUUGAAAAAUUUAAUCAAAAUAGUUAUUCAGUAUAUGGACUAGAUUUGCAAGGACAUGGCGAAUCACAAUCGUUUGGAAAAUUUAAAGGAGAUUUUAGUUCUUUUGAUGACCUAAUUGAUGAUAUAAUACAAUAUAUGAAUAAAAUUUACGAUGAAACCUCAAGUGAUAAUCAAAAGGAUGAUGAAUCUAAUAAUAUAGCGACAACUAAAAAAAAGAGACUUCCUAUGUAUAUUGUUGGAUAUUCGAUGGGAGGACAUAUUGCUUUAAGAGUAUUACAAUUAUUAGGGAAAGAAAAAGAAGAUAGAGUUAAGGCGUGGAAUUCAAAUAAAUAUAAAAAUGGUGACACCAUGUUAAACAAUUCUACUAAUAUUAAUAAUAAUGACAAAGGUCUGCAUGAUAUGAAUAAUUCAAAUUAUUAUGGUUCCAAUAACUCCUGUGCUAGUAUCUCUGCUGCUACAAAUCCUAUUGCUAGUGAUAAACAUGGAAUAUGCUACAAUUAUUUCGAUAAAUUCAAUAUUAAAGGUUGCAUAUGUAUAUCUGCCAUGAUAAGAAUAAAAUCGAAAUUGGAUCCUGGAAACGAAGCAUAUAAGUAUUUUUAUUUACCUUUAGCAGACUUCCUGGCCUAUGUCUUACCUCAUGUACAAAUGUCAUCAGAACCACGUAAUAAAAAGUCCGGAUAUUUUUCUAAUAUAUGUAAAUAUUAUAUAUUUCGAAAUAUUAAUGGAAAAAAAUAUAAAAAUAUGUCUAAAUUUAUAAGAGCAACGGUCGCAUUGGAUUGUAAUAUUAAUUAUAUGCCAAAAGAGAUUCCUUUAUUAUUUGUCCAUUCAACAGAUGAUAGUAUUUGUUCUUAUGAAUGGGCAGUUUCGUUUUAUAAUAAAGCAAACGUCACUGAUAAAAUUUUUCAUGUUGUUGAGGGUAUGAAUCAUGAUACAACGACAAAGCCAGGAAACGAAGAAAUUUUAAAAAAAAUUAUUGAUUGGAUUUCUAAUUUAAGAGCGAAUGAUGAAGGCAAAUAA